GCCAAUGCGCAUUAAGAAGCCACAUCGCGCCAUUCAUCGAGUUUAGUUUCGCGCCAACCGUCGUCUCGUUCAGUGCUCUUACAUUUUUGCUGUGUGUUCAAAACCUACCUCACUCGAUUCGAUUCCGAUUAUCGUCCCCCCGAUCAGUGUCCCCAUCGACGUGUGUGUGUGACAGUUAACCUCUUUGGUGGUGCUUUUGAGUCAAAACCGCAAUUAUUUUGCGUUUGUGAAUAAGAACAAGUUCCUGUGAAGAACCUACGAAAAACCAAACAGAAACAAUGGCCGUCAGUCGAUUGUCGAUGCUGAAAUUCCUCGAGCUGGCACUCACCAUCAGCUGCGUGGUGUUGCACUACAAAAGCUUGGGCGAGACCGAUGAGAUGACCGUUCUGCUCGUGGCCGGAACCUUCGUCGGGUACUCCAUCAUCCUGAUUGGUCUCUUCGCCGGUCAUCUCCUGGGCAAUCCGAUCAACAAGAAGAUCGACCUGUUCUUCAGCCUGCUGGGAUGCGCCAUGUUCAUCGCGUCCGGCGUGCUGGUCCUGCAGGCCUGGGAAAGCGGCUUCAAGACCGAACGGCGCCGACUGGCCAUCUCCAAGGGUGCGCUGGCCAUCAUCAACGGGGCGGUGUUCUUCAUCGAUUCCAUCUUUACAUUCAGAGAUUAAAGUGUUCAGAGAGAGAGAGAGAGGCCAAAAACAAAACAAAGAACGAUCCACGACGAGGUUGCGUCGACACGCAGAAAGAAGAAAAAGAGAUUUGAAUCUCGUCAUAUGACUUUUGUUUCAGACUUAUGUUAAGACGUGUGUCAUUCGCCCCUAGGAUUAAGGUUAAGUUUACUUUUUCUACGAUAUUUAUGUACAAUCGGCGAAUGGUUUUUGGAUUCGGCCGCGAUGGCAGCACAGUUUUGAACCGUCUUUACCCACUGUGCACCGACGUAGUAGUAUGUGUGAGAUCUGUGUAUGACAGUUGAGCAAUGUGAGAAAAAGCUUCCAGCCAGAACGCCGCCUGGCGUUCGCUAGCAACGAUGGCAAACGCUUUGCUCGGCUGAAAGCCGUAGAUGUCAGCAGUGCUUCUUUCCAUCCAUAGUUGGCUAUGAAAUGAAUGAAUGGUGAUAAGGGGUUGUACUUUGAUUACGUAAGACAAUUUUCGGAUAUGUUCUACCCAAGUCUCCUCAUGACAAGAAUUUUUAUAUGAAUAUUAAACAUAUAUUGUAUGGCGCGUGAGAAAUUAAAAAAAAAUCCCACUACAAUCACUUACGUAGUUUAUGUACGGCCCCUAUUGCAUGUUUCACAAUAUUUGGUUAAUUUACAGACGGUAAAUCUAUUAAAACUCUUAAAAUAAUGUUUUCAAUAAAACCGAAAU